CCGUCUGUGUGCGAGUCGAGUCGGCUGAGGGGGCGUCGGGAAGGGCGCGGCGCUGCAGCGAUGGGGAACGCGGUGGCUCGGGAGGACUUUGAGUGGGUUUACACGGACCAGCCCCACGCCGAUCGCCGCAAGGCGAUCCUAGCUAAACAUCCAGAAAUAAAAGCUUUAAUGAAGCCAGACUACAACUUGAUAUGGGUGGUUGUACUGAUGGUUCUUGCACAGUUGAUUGCAUUUUAUCUAGUUAAAGACUUGGACUGGAAAUGGGUUAUGUUCUGGGCUUACGUUUUUGGCAGCUGCAUCAGUCACUCAAUGACUCUGGCUAUUCAUGAGAUCUCUCACAAUGGUGCCUUUGGCAAUUGCAGAGCUAUGUGGAAUCGGUGGUUUGGAAUAUUUGCCAAUCUCCCUCUUGGCCUCCCAUACUCUAUAUCUUUCAAGAGAUACCACAUGGAUCAUCAUCGCUAUCUAGGAGGUGAUGGAAUUGAUGUGGACAUUCCUACUGACUUUGAAGGCUGGUUUUUCUGUACUCGUUUUAGGAAGUUCAUAUGGAUUGUUCUUCAGCCUUUUUUCUAUGCUAUUCGACCUCUCUGCAUCAAUCCCAAACCAAUUUCUCGAUUGGAAAUCAUCAACUUGUUGGCUCAGCUCUCUUUUGAUGUUGUAAUAUACUACUACUUGGGAAUUAAAUCAGCCUUCUACAUGGUUGCAGGAUCAAUACUUGGACUGGGGUUGCACCCAAUUUCAGGACACUUCAUAGCUGAACAUUACAUGUUCUUAAAGGGACAUGAGACUUACUCCUAUUAUGGGCCACUUAAUUUGCUCACUUUUAAUGUUGGCUACCACAAUGAACACCAUGACUUUCCCAAUAUUCCUGGCAAGAGCCUUCCAUUGGUGAAGAAAAUAGCAGCUGAAUACUAUGAUAAUCUUCCACAAUAUAACUCCUGGAUAAAAGUGCUUUAUGACUUUGUGAUGGAUGACACAAUCAGCCCUUACUCACGCAUGAAAAGGAAAUUAAAGGGUGAUGUGAAACAGGAUUAAACUUCUGCCAACCGAAAGACUCUACAAAGCAAGAUCUAGGAUAUUUAGCAAGAAUUUCUUGUAUCAGCUACUGGAAAAGAAGUUUAUUUGUAUCCUGAAUUAUUAAACUUCAGACAUCUACAAGAAUGCAUUGGUGUAUCCUAAAACAGACCUCUUCAGACC